AUGGUCAAAGGUACCCGGGAGAACCGUGUGCUCUUCUCAAAGCCUUUGAUAAACAAGUCAAAUACAUGCAUGAUCAUAUUACCCGUAAAAUUUGGCUUUCUGUCAUGUCUGUGGCGUCUCUUACCCUUUGUUGUCGCUAUUACUCUGUCUCAUUUUCACUAUUUCGCUUUCCCUCUCCUUCUGCUUCUCUCUUUCUCGCAUUUUGUUGUUAAAAUUCUCUCGAACAAUUUCUUUUUCACUCACUCUUUCUUGAAUUUUGUUGUUACAGAUCUCUCUUUCUUUCUCGAUCUCUCACUCUUUCUCUCUUUAUUGCACUGUCGUUACAAUUCUUUCUCUUACUUUCUCUUUGAUCUUCUCUCUCACUUGCUUUCUCUCUCUCUUUUUUUGAACUUUCUCAUUAGAUUUCUUUCACUUCAUUUCCUUUACUAUCUCUUUCUUUCUUUCUUUCUUUCUUUCUUUCUUUCUUUCUUUCUUUCUUUCUUUCUAGUUGUCACUCUUCCUUCUUCUCGUUUCCUCCCUCUCAAUUUCCCUCUCACUCUUACUUUCUUGCACUUUGUUAUUAAAAUUCUCACUCACUCUCACUUUCUCCCACUGUGUAUUUUAUUGUACACUGUUAUUACAAUUCUCUCUCACUCACACGUCGUCGUUACAAUUACCUAUCUCACUUUUACUCUCACCUUCUUUCUUUCAUUUUCUUUCUCUCUAAUUCUUUCAUUUUUCUCGCUGUUUGCCCAGCUCGUCCCAAUAAAACCUUUUCGUUUUUUUUUUUCUGAAUCAUAUUCAUCAUCACUUUCUUCUCUUUCUUUUUCUUUUCUUCUACUACUUCUUCUUCUCAUUCUUCUCCUCCUUCUUCGUCUUCUCCUUCCUUCCUUCCUUUCUUCUUCUUUUUCUACAUCUUUUCUCUCUCAUCCCCCUCUUUUGUUCUUAUUUUCUUCCUCGUUCUCCUCUUCCUCCUUCUUCUUUUUCUCCUACUCCUCCUGUUUUUUUCUCUCCUCUCCUUUUUCUUCUUCUUCUUCCCCUUCUUUUUUCUUCUCUUUUCUUCUUCUUUUUCUUCUUCCUCCUUCUUCCCCCUCCUCCCCUCCUCCUUCUUCUUGUUUGCUCUUCCUCCUCUUCCUUCUUCUUCAUCUUUUUCUCCUACUUCUUCUUUUCUCUCUCCCCUUCUUCUUUUCUUCUUCUUUUUCUCAUCUUUCUCUUCAUUCUUUUCUUCCUCUUCCUCCUCCUCCUUUUCUUCUUCUUCUUCUUUUUCUUCUUCUAGCAGUUUUCUUUCUUUCUUUCUACUAUCUAUCUAUCUAUCUAUCUAUCUAUCUAUCUAUCUAUCUAUCUAUCUAUCUAUCAGAGCCUAUUCCUAUCUAUCUAUCAGAGCCUAUUCCUAUCUAUCUAUCUAUCUAUCUAUCUAUCUAUCUAUCUAUCUAUCUAUCUAUCUAUCUAUGCCCGUUCUUGAUGAUCUAUCUAUCUAUCUAUCUAUCUAUCUAUCUAUCUAUCUAUCUGUCUAUCUAUCUAUCAGUUCUUUCAUAUCUAUCUAUCUAUCUAUCUAUCUAUCUAUCUAUCUAUCUAUCUAUCUAUCUAUCUAUCAGAUGGAUAGCUAUCAUUGCUGGAUUUACCUAUAAGCUAAAGAAGUCGUAUCUAUCUAUCUAUCUAUCUAUCUAUCUAUCUAUCUAUCAGAGCCUAUUCCUAUCUAUGUCUGUUAAUAUCUAUCUAUCUAUCUAUCUAUCUAUCUAUCUAUCUAUCUAUGAUUUCUAG